GUUGCUCCAGCACACUGAGGAACAACAUCAUCUACAUCUCCGGUGUUCUCGCCCGCGACGGAAGCGUGUCCACAAAGCGGGUGCAGAGCGCGCCGUUGCCAUGGUCCGAUCGUGGCCUCUCCGAUCUCACAUCUCAGCGUCGCAUCCUCGACGUUCCUCGGAAUCGCUAGUGGGAUGAAGACGCUGCAGAUAAAAACUCCUGGAUCGAGUAUCGCGGCAACUGCGGCGGCGCUUAUCGGUACGCGCAAGCCGGGGAACGUCACUAGAGCAGCCGGCAUCUUCCGUGAAUCCAAGAGGUCCCUUGCUGCGAAGGAAUCCGGCGGCCGUCGACGACCAGAGGUUUAGCCGUGGGGCCUCGGAGCCGUUUACUUGAGGCAGCCACGAUGAACCCGGCGCUACCACUGCUUCUCUCGGUGAUGUUCUCAAAGAACGGCCCCGCAACCGACAGGUGCGAUCUGCCCUCGACUCUCGCCGAUGAGAUCGACGGUUACGGGCCCGUGGUGCGGCGCAUCCUGUCGGCCUUCGACGAUGGGCCCCAGUCCGGCGCCACGUACAGGGCUCUGGCCGAGUUCGCCGAUCGGUUCGGCCACCGCCUGGUCGGGUCGGAGAGCCUCGAGGCCGCCAUUGACUACAUAGUGGCGGCACUGCGGGCCGCCGGCCUGGACCGCGUCGAAACGGAACCCGUGGACACACCAGUGUGGCAGCGCGGUCCCGAGCUGGCGCAACUGGUCGAGCCCCGGCCCGUGCCUCUCGACGUGCUCGGCCUGGGCGGCUCUGUGUCUACGCCGCCAGGGGGCCUCACGGCUCCCGUGUUGGUUGUGCGCUCCUUCGAGGAACUCGAUCGUCGCCGCGCCGAGGUGAACGGCACCGUCGUGCUGUUCAAUCCAGAGUGGAUCGACUACUGGCAGUACGUGCCGUACCGCAGCAAGGGGCCUUCCUACGCAGCCAGAUACGGCGCCGUGGCGGCCCUGGUGCGCUCUGCGACCCCAGCGUCGCUGUACACGCCGCACACGGGAAUGCUGAAGUACGUGGCCGACUACCCGAAGAUCCCCGCCGCCGCAGUCACUGUCGAGGAUGCUGAAUUGUUGACAAGGCUCGCGGAACGUGGUUCCAACGUUGUCGUGCACCUGGAGAUGAGCAACAAUCACACGCAGGGCGUCUCCAGAAACAUUGUUGCCGACAUCACGGGCUCAGUAUUUCCGGAUCAGUACGUGAUCGUGGGCGCGCACACGGACAGCUGGGACGUGGGCCAGGGCGUGGUGGACGACGCGGGCGGCGUGUUCAUUGGCCUGGCAGCGAUGGCGCAGCUACGCCGCAUGCAGCUGCGACCACGGCGCACACUGCGCCUGGUGCUGUGGACGGCAGAGGAGAUCGGCAUGCACGGGGCCACCGAGUUCGUGCGCCGGCACCGGGAAGAGAUGGACGCCGUGUCGCUGGCGCUUGAGUCGGACAUCGGCACAUUUGCGCCCAUCGGGCUCACCACGAGCGGCGGCGACAAUACGACCGCUUGCAUCCUGCGCCGGCUGCUGACUCUGACCGCGCCUGUGGGCGCUACGCGGCUCGAGCCCAGCCGCGGCCGUGGCUCUGACGUCACCAAGCUGGCAGAGCUCGGCGUGCCGGUUUCGGUGCUUCUGACGCGUAACGAGCGGUACUUCCACUACCACCAUACGCGCGCCGACACAGUGAGCGCCGUGAGUAGCCGCGACCUGGACCUGUGCGCGGCCUUUUGGACGGCCGUGGCUUACGCGGUGGCUGACCUGCGAGACAUGCUGCCCCGAGGUCACUGACCGGCUGAGACGCACUCGCCCGGAUUCCCGCACCGGCGAGAGACUCGGUGCAUGCGCUAUGUCUGCAACCUGCCGUGUUAUGUAAACACUUUUCGAGGAUGAACACAGCAAUGUGCUGCGGAUAUCAGCAACUGUCAGCGGAGAGAACUGGCUGAUAAUAGACCGGCAACUGUAAUUGGCACUCGCUGGUUGCAUCUUUUGCGCGUGCGCCUGAAUUUGCGUGUCUGUAUGCUCUGUGCGAAUGCUGUUUAUUUCUUCUUUACUUCCCUUCUUCAGCUUACUUUUCUAUCCCUUCCUUCUAAAGAGUAGGCAGGCUUUGUGGCAGUUGCCAGCCUGCUUGUUCCCUAUAUCCCUCUCAGUGCAUUGCAUGAGUUUUCAUAUCAAAUAAUAAGGCGUACGUUCUUGCCUUCCAUUUCAACGCUUGAAUGUGAGAGAAAUAAAAUGUACGGGCACCCGCUUUGUAGGCGGGCGCUUCUU